AUGAAACCCGAAGAUAUAAAUAUUUUUGCUCUGGAAGUCCGUAGCGCCGAACUAGGAAAAGUUUGGAAAGAAACAGAGGAUAAGUAUAGAACGUGUAUUCUCUAUUUGGAAACGUCUGAAGAGACGACUAAGGAAACUCUCGAGUCGGCGGAUCGGAAAUUUGAGGUAGUGUACCAAAAAUAUAUGGAUUGUUUAUCGAACUUGAAUUGUAAGCUGUCAGAAUUGAAGGGCGAACAACAAUUGUUGAACUCCUCUCGUAGUAGUUCAGUAGCUUCUCUAACGCAGCAUCACUGUGAUAUUCCUAGGGAAGCGCAGCCAUCAGAUGUAGCGAUCGGAAGUCCCUGUGAUCCCUCGGUCUUACUAUCCACCAAUGCAUUAGUGUUGCCAAUGAUAUCGGGAAGUUUACCAUCAUUCUCUGUCUCCUCAGAUUUUAAGUCUCAAAUGCCUAAUCUUCGUCUGGCUGAUGUUAACUUAUUCGAUUCUAGACCAGUUGAUCUUCUGCUAGGUGCCGAUUUAUACCCUAAAAUAUUGUUAGAGGGAUGUCGUUCCAUAAUUUCGGGAACUUUGCUGGCACAAAAUACAGUUUUCGGUUGGCUCGUUACAGGACCUAUUCCUUCGUCACAAAUUAGAACCUUUGCCACUACUAUCAAUAUCGAAGAAGAGGAUUCGUUAAAUAAGACCCUACUACGGUUCUGGGAAUUAGAAGAAACUCCAAAGCGGAAACUUAUGUCUCCAUCCGAUCGGCUUUGUGAAGAAAACUAUAUUCAGACCACUCGUAGAACCUCUGACGGUAGAUAUAUUGUGACCCUGCCCUUACGAAAUGAUGUAAGCCUAGAUGGUUACUUAGGGGAAUCUCGUGGUAAUGUCCUUAAACAAUUCCUUCGAAAUGAGUCCUCCUUAUUGAGAAAACCGGACAUUAAAAUCACAUACGAUCAAGUUUUGACGGAGUAUUUAGACCUGGAUCAUAUGAAACCAGUAUCUCCUGCCACCUCCAAUACACUUUCGUGCUAUUUGCCCCAUCAUCCGGUUAUCAACCCAGAAAAACAGACGACCAAAUUACGGGUCGUCUUCAAUGCGUCCAAUAAAACAUCUAAUGGGAAUAGUUUGAAUGACAUUUUGCAUGUUGGACCGACUUUGCAACUUGAUCUCGUUCUUCUAAUACUUCGUUGGCGAGUAUUUAAAUUUGUAUUCAAUUCGGACAUUACCCAGAUGUAUCGGCAGAUCCGGGUUGACCCCCACCAAACCCCCCUUCAACGAAUUCUCUAUCGGGACUCGCCAACCAAACCAAUUCAAGAUUAUGAACUACAAACGGUGACCUUUGGUUUGAAUUGUGCGCCGUAUCUGGCCAUUCGGACACUUUUGCAACUGGCGGACGAAAUAGAAAAUAAAUAUCCUCUAGCGGCGCAUAUCUUGCGAAAAUCAAUGUAUGUGGAUGAUGUUUUGGCAGGAGCUCAUGAUCUUGAGACGGCGUUGGCCGCUAGGGACCAACUAAUUUCGGCACUUUCUUCGGCAAAGUUUGAAUUAAGAAAAUGGACAUCCAAUGAUAAGGCAAUUUUGAAUCGUUUCCCGCCAGAACAUUUAGUGGAUGCGCAAUUGUUGUCAUUUGUGGAAGCUAGCAGUUCUAAACCUCUUGGUAUAAGUAACAUGGACGCUUCCAAUAUGUACACCAUUGAUCUCAUCGCUGAAAUCGACGAUAUAUUGCAAAGUGGAGAUCGUACCACUAGGUCGAAAAACCGCACAACUUCGGAAGUUUUGGAUGAGUUGGUUCGUCCAAUAGCUGCGGUUAAAAUAACUGACUUUGAGACGGAAUCCGUAACUGCGGGUUCCAGCAUACCCCCAAUCACCAUCGAUACAUUAUCCGAAUCCGUAACUGCGGGUUCGAAUCGUGUGCAACCACCGGAAUCCGUAACUGCGGGUUCUUCGGCACCAAUCGUGGAAAACUCAAAACCCAGAUCUGAUCCCAUAGCUGUGGGUGACUCGGUCGUGGUUCCACCAUCGGAGUCCGUAUCUGCGGGCUCCUCGAAUUUAAAUAGAAAUUGUCGCGUUUGCAAUCGCCGGCACUCGAUUG